GCCAAUCCGCAGCAUGUCAGUGGUUUCUCCGAUUUUUCCUCCUGCGGACAUACUGCGAAGUUAACGUUCAUUCGCUGCAAAACGGCUCCCAGCCCGCAGUAUGCUAGUGUGAAAGCGUUUGUCCCUUUUUUGCUUCCCUAACCCCCGAUUGGACAGUCUGCCGGUCUAGCCACUCCCACCGGCCGCAGCUCUCAAAAAUUUUAUUCCGCCAUUUUUUUUUCUGUUCAGUGGGGGCAGUAACGUUUAAGCGUUCACUUCAUUCCUGUCCUGACCUAUUUUCCCUGACGCUCCGAUUGUGCUCUUUCCAAUUAGCAGCCUUCCAGCACAGCCACAAAUCCCAUUUUCUCGGGGGGUUUUUUUGCUGAGGGGCAUUGCUCGAGAACCGAAAAUCGGGUCAUUUGACCAAGGCGGACCAGUGAGAGCUCGAGCAAUGCUUGGCGGGAGAGUUGUUCAUGUCGUGAUUGUGCGCACAUGUUUUUUCCGACAAUCAAACUCCCGAUGGCCACAAAAUCCCUUUUUUUUCUCACCCUUUAAACUGAACAUUUUAACGUUUAAACGUUCAUCACACAACAAAAACGACAUCAGGAGAGGGGGUUGCGUGCUGCGAGACACGAAAAUUGGGUCAUGUGACCAAGCCGGACCACUGAGAGCUCGAGCACUGCUGGGCGGGAGAAGUUCAUUCCUGGUCUAUCUAACGGCUCAGAUGGCGAUGCAGAAAAUGGCUGGACGAGGAGUGUCGUGGAGGGAGAGGGAGACACUGGAUCUCAUCGACUUCUGGGGAGAGGAGAAGGUCCAGGAGUCACUGUCAAUGUGCCACAGAAACAUAGACGUCUUCGAAAAGAUCGCGGAGCAGAUGGCGGCAAGAGGGCACAAGCGCACGGCUUUGGAAUGUCGGACGAAGACCAAAGCGAUGCGCCAAGAAUACAAACGAGUGGUGGCACACAACUCCAAAUCCGGAAAUGCACCCACAACGUGCCCAUAUUAUGCCCAGCUACAUCGUAUCUUCAGGGGCGAUGCCAGCAUCAGGCCACAACGGGUGGCCAGAAGCCUCUCCCUUCCGCGCGCCGACACUCCGAGACCAGUUCAAUUUGAGGGGUCCGAGGAACUGUUUAGCCACCCGAUGGUGACCCUGAAUCUACAAUCUGUGGAUGUCACAGCAAACGAUCAAGAUUUAUUCCGUGAAAAACAACUCAAGCAGAAGCGAGCCUGA